AUGGCGCAGUUUUGGGAUGAAGCGGCCAUGCUUCUAGAAGUACUAAUAAUGAAAGCCAAGGGUCUCGAUCCUGACGGAAUGGAUCUUUCUUUCACUACCGGACCUGUUAGAGUCCAAAACAGCAACGACGAGAGAGGUUUCACUGAAGCGAUGGACAAUGAUGAUGCCAGACCCAACGACAUGACCCAUACUGACAUGAGUGCUUCGCUGGGUGCCAUUUUGAGCGCUUAUCUUCAAGAGCUGAAAAGCAAAAGACUCCAAGGCACCAGAGAGACCAAGAAAAGAAGGUCGACUAACUAUGGAGUUAAUGAUAGGAAGCUGACUGUGAUCGUCUUCACAGACGGGAAAUGGGAAGGAAUGGAUAGAAAAGCUCAGGUCGAUCAGAUCAUUAUUGACUUCUCCAAAGCAUUAGAAAAAGAGGUUCGGAAUCUACAAAAGCGUUAUGUAAGCAUUGAGUUCGUCCAGUUCGGCAAUGACCCAGACGCAAGUCACAGGCUGCGGCACUUGGAUAACGACCUCAAUUAUGCUGGAGUUGAUGACAUCGUUGAUACCGAACCUUCAAGGGGCGAUGUCUAUAAAAUGCUUUUAGGUAGCUUUGUGGAAGGAUUUGACAAGAAAAAUGACGAACCAGAGGAUCCUUCGCCCAUUAGCCCUGGCAAUGGUGCUGCUAUUCACGAAUCGCCGCCACGGCUCUUCCAACCAGGAGUGAAUCAGCCUUGGCCGCAAAUCCACAGCCCUCCGCCAGCCGAGCUCCCCAGUCCAGAGUUUUACUGCUAUUCACCAUGCGACUACUGCGAUGUCUAUCUUACACACGAUUCCAUGUCUGUACGCAAGGCACACAAUGCUGGGAGAAAUCAUUUGAGGAACGUGGUGGAAUACUAUCAACAAAUUGGCCAUGAAAAAGCGCAAUCAGUUAUCGAUUCAAUCACAUCCUCGUACGCAGACGCAGGUCAAGCAAACCCUAUGCUGCAACCUCCUGCUGGUGCUGGAGGGUUUCCACCUCCAUUUCCCGGUGGUCUUCCUGGCAUGCCCCCUCCACCAUUUGGUAUGCCAGGUGCGCCACCUCCUCCGGGCGGUCGCGGCAUGCCGUUCCCUCCUUUUCCACCAAAUGGUGUCCCGCCUCCCAAUCUUCCAGCUGGCAUGCCUUUUCCUCCACCAGGCGGUUUCCCUCCGAACUUCCAGAUCCCGCCUCCAAGCGCGCCUGGUGGUUUCCCCCUUCCAGGACAACUUGGUGGACCUCCUCCAAGUCCAGGACCUCAACAAGGACAGGGCCCACCGCCUGGAUUUGGUGGGCCUCCGGGUACAGCAGGAGAUAGAAGAUAA